CCAUCUCAGUGAUCUCACAUCUGUCAUUUUUGUUUGUUAAAAUUUGUCUGAGGAUCACAAUUAACUUCACUAAAAUAAAAUAUUUUAUUUCCUCUUUAUCAUUAAUUUUUUCAUGUUCUAUGACCUCAUCAUUUAUGGAAAAUAAUUUAUCUUUGUGAAUAUAAUCAGUCCUAUACCAUAAUAUGAUAUUAGCUAGAUCUGAGUCUUGCUCAGAAGAUUCUGAUGAUGAGGUAAAUGAAAUAGAUGUCCACAGAAGAAAUCAAUUGUUACUUGACCGAUGUGAAGUACUUCAGCAGGACAAUGAAAGGAUUGUAAACCGAAUACAAAAAGUACGCAAGCUUCUCAGACGAACUCGAAAAGAAAGACGAUUCAUCAUGAACCGUCUUGAUCAACACCUUGACAACUGGAGAACCGCGUCCCUACCGCUUGAACUGGAUGAACCAAUUGACCCUCCACUGAAAGGCAUCUCCAGUGAGCGGACAGUUCCAACGACUAAAUUAAACAAGCAGUCGUCAUCGUCGUCGACGUUUGAAAAGGGCGUGUCCACACCAUCGGCUGCCAACUCGUCGAAAAAGUCGAAGGUGGACAGUUUGUCGUCGCAGCAGCAGGCAUCUCCGUCGCCGUCGCCCGUGCCGCCCAAGAAGAGCGGCAAAGUGGCGAGUGAUCCGAACGCACCCAAGCGGCCAGCCAACCCCUUCUUCCAGUACUGCCAGGAGCAGCGCACUGUGCUGCUUGAGUCCAUUCUAAGCAGCGGCCAGAAGGAGCCCACCAAGCAGGAGCUCACCAAGCAGCUGGCCAACAAGUGGAAUUCGCUGUCCACUCCCGACAAAAAGAUAUACUACGACAUGUACAAGAAGUCAAAGGAAAAGUACACUGCUGACAUGGACAUUUACACUAAAAGCAAAGGAAAGCUGUGAUAUCUAUGUAAUAAUUCAGUACUAUUUUUAUAUCUCAAUAUAAUAUUCGAACGUGUACAAGACUAUUUGUAUACAGCUUGUAAAUAUUCCCCUUGAAUUAAUUGUUUGUAUUGAUUAGAUAAUUAUGAGGAAUUUCUAUAAAACUUUACAAUGUA